CCAGCAAGUCGCUUGCUGGCCGCGAAACAGCCAACAUAUCAAAAUACCGCCUACCGAGCACCUCCCCAAGCGCCGCACCACCCACCAGCCAACCGAGCCAAGCCAAGCCAAGCCAUACCAAUAUCCGUCCGUCGUCAGAACACGGAACAUACAGUGUUUUUAGUGCCGAAGUCCGAGCCAAAAGGUGCCCGUAGCCCGCUGUCCGUCGCCCGCCCUUAACCGAAACCGAAACGUGACGAAAGCCGAGUCAAGCCGAACCGAAUCACGCCGAAACACCCGAAUGGUUGUUGUUAACACAACGCACAACAAUAACACAAAUAACAGCACCGAACAGAAUUAUUACCAUUCGAACAGCUGAGCCGCCAAGUUGUAUCUUCUAGAUAGUAUCUCAAUCCGAGCACCUCAAGUAUCUCAUUCUUUAUCAAAAUCUGAGUGUGCAACGAGUUGCAUCUUCUUGUGGUUGUUGCUUUUUUUUUUUUUGUUGUUUCCUGUGCCAACACAAAACCCAGAAAGUGUCAAAAUUAGCGGGCCAUUCAUUCAGCAUUAUUGGCCGGAGAAGUGAUAACAAACAGUUCCAACUCUAAACAUCAAACAUCUAAACAGUAUUAUCCCAUUUCCCGACAAUGGAAAAGUCCAAUCUUGCGGAGAAGAACCAUGCCAGCGUGUAUAACCAAACCACCAAGCCCAAGAAGCCCAAGCGACGCGACAAGAGCGACUUGGGGCCGGACUUUGUGGCUCCCGACGGAGGCUGGGGCUGGGUGGUGUGCCUGGCCGCGGGACUAAACAACUUCUGCCUGUUCCCGGCCUUGCAGCAAUAUGGUUUAAUUUAUAGAAAACGCAUGGACUCUCUGGGCUUUGACGCCAAACAGACCACAACUAUUGUGAACGUGGUGAUGGCUGUCUCCUCGCUAGUGGGCAUCGUUAAUGGCGCCAUGUUCCGUCGCUUCACCUUCCGGCAGGUGGCCCUGACCGGCACCACCCUGGCCUUCCUGGGCGUCUUCAUGUCGGCCUUCUGCGUCACCUUCUGGCAGUACAUCAUCUGCCUGUCGACCGUCUAUGGCAUCGGCCUGGGCCUGGCCAUGGCGGCCACCUCCCUAGCGGUGAACACCUACUUCAAGCAGAAGCGACGCCGCGCCACCGGCUUCUCGUGGACGAUCACCGGCCUGGGCCCCAUCCUAUUCCCCCACGUGUCUACUUUCCUGCUUGGCUUCUACGGCGCCCUGGGAAGCAUCCUGAUCUACGCCGGCAUCGCCUUGAACGCCAUCCUCUGCGCCCUCACCCUGCAGCCGGUGCUGUGGCACGUCACGAAGCCGGAGAAGGUCAAGGUGCCGGCCAUCGAGGGCGCAACCGAGGGGCAGGAGAAGGUAGAACCUGGCGAGCUGCUCGAGGCGAACGGAAACCUGCUGACUCCCUUCCCGGAUCCGUGGAGCGACUACGAGUGCAAGUACUGCCAGUACCAGAAGCGCGGCAAGCGGAGCAUCUUCUCCUCGCAGUACCUUUUCAACAUGGACGACCCGGAGCGACCGGGCUACGAGAUCACCGAGCCGGGCACUCCCAUGCUGGCGCGGGCCAACGAUGGCUGGUUUGGCUCCAAGAUCUCGCUGACCUCCGAGCACGCGACCGCAGCCCGGUACCGCUCCCGGCAGGCGCUGAUGCGACAGGUGUCCGGGAGAAGUCGCGACAACCUGGACCGGCUGGAGCACAACAACAAGGACGACCAGGAGCAGGUGUCGCCGCCGCUCUACAAGCCCAACUACUUCAAUCGCGAGCGCGAGGACAUGGACCGGUAUGCCAGCAAGACCAGUGUCUACUACCGGCCCGGCCAGGAGGAGCUGAUGCGGUGCACCUGCUCCGAGGACAAGGCCCUGCUGCAGAAGACCGCCGAGGCGCUGAGGCUCGAGGAGCUGGAUAGCCAGGCUACCGAGCUCGAGGAGGAAGAGCUCAAGAGCCGCAUGACCUUUAUCCAGAAGGUCAGCAAGUUCUUCGACCUCGACCUCCUCAGGGACUUCACGUUCGUCAACCUGGCCGUCGGGAUGAGCAUCAUGAUGUUCGGCGAGAUGAACUUCUCGGUGCUCACUCCCUUCAUCCUGCACCACUUUGGCUACGAGGACAGCCAAAUAUCCACCGCCAUGUCCCUGCUGGCCUGCAUGGACAUAUCCGUCCGAUUCCUGGCUCCCCUCGCUCUGGAGAAGGUCAAGCUGGACAACAGGAUCCUGUUCGCGUUUGGCAUCCUGUGCAUCGCCGUGGGUCGUGUCAUUGUGGCCUUUGCCACAUCCUUUGAGGCCUUGAUCGUCGUGUUCCUGCUGAUCGGCUUUGGCAAGGGCUUCCGCACCAUCUUCUCGCCCCUGAUCAUCCCCAGCUACGUGCCACUGAACCGUCUGCCGGCCGCCUCCGGACUUCAGCUCAUCUUCAACACCAUGUUCUCCUUUGUCAUGGGUCCUAUUUUGGGAAUAAUAACCGAAAAAUUUGGAUAUGGCGCCACCAUCCACGCCAUCAACGGCCUCACCGCACUGGCCCUCCUCCUCUGGCUGACCGAGUCCCUGGUGCGUCGCAUCCUGGGACGCCCCUCCAAGGGUCUGGGCCAGUGAUGCUGGUGGAUAGAUGUCCUGCUCCUGCACUUUGAUUCAGCGACUGGAUUAACUUGUAUUACUUAACUUGGAACUUGUCCCUCCACUCCCUUUUAACCUCUAACCUUUAACCUGACCGACCCUGUCGGAACUGAACUGCUUGCGUUGUGUGUAAGACAGAGAAAGAGAGAGAGAGAGAUGAAGUUUAAUUGUUGGAUCCCAAGGAUAUAUGUAUCCCUAGACUAGUCCACAGUCCCAGCUAGAUGUGUGUGCAUAGUAUUACUUUGGUACGGCACACCGUACUUAAAGAUACCUAAGAUACCAGAUACAAGAUCCCGAUACCAGAUAAAUCAUAAAAGAUAUCAGUUACAUAUAUACCUUAAAUCUUAAUUUUAAAAAAUGUAUAAUUAAGUUUUUUUUGCGAUUGAUACUCUGUGCUCUGUAUGUUUUGAUAGAAAAGUUUAUGUGUGUGUUGAUGAAAUUUAAAUAUAUAUAAUCUUUUUUUUUUAUUAGUCUAUAGAUCUAUUUAGAGUUACACCCUAGUCCUAUAAGUGCAUAAAUGUAAUUCUGUAUGUAUGUUCUGCAAUGGCAAGUUGAUAAAUGUAAUUUUGGUUAGAAAAGAA